AAAUCAUAAUUCUCAACAUUGCCAACAAGGCCUUAACUAUAUUUCUUACUUCUAAUAUCGUAUCUCAUCUGCAAAAAUAAAAAUUAAAAAGAAAAAAAAAAAAAAUCGUCGUUCACUUUUCCAACGACGUUGGCCGGCGGCGGGGAAUUCACGGCGGCUAAACGAGUUUUAUGUAAUACGAUAUUAAUCUUCUUCUCCAAUUUUAUUUUGAUUUUUUUUGAGUUUUUCUUUUGUCUUUUUCUUUUCUCCGGUAAAAUGAGGGAAGUGAAAGAACCAGAGAUUAAGCUAUUCGGAAAGAAAAUUUUCUUGCCUGAGAAUGGAAUGAUACUACCGGUAAUAGUCACCGGUGAAGAUUCCGAUGUCGGAAAAUCUAUGAGUGCAAGUGAGGUUGUUACUGCUGAUGAAAGUAGUACCGGGUCGGAUCGUGAUCCAUGUUUAGUGGAUAAGGAAGGAAACAGUUCUCAGCAGGAUGAAUCAGAUGAUGGAAGUGAAUACGAAAAGGAUGAGGCUGAUAAGGAUCGAAUGACAAGAGAGCUUAGUGAAGCUAAACUAGAGGAGAAAGACCAAAAUCUAAUGAUGGAAGAAUCAGAAAAUCUCAAGUCUCCAUCAGUAAACAAGACUAAAACUCAUACUAUUGAUGAUGACUCCCCCACAGUGAAAUCUUCCAAGACUGAGGAUGAUCAGAAUGAUGCAUCGAAUUCCCAGCAGAAAACUCUGAAGAAGCCAGAUAAAAUUCUCCCCUGCCCUCGUUGCAAUAGUAUGGAUACGAAAUUCUGUUAUUACAAUAAUUACAAUGUCAAUCAGCCUCGUCAUUUCUGCAAGAGUUGCCAGAGAUAUUGGACUGCUGGGGGUACUAUGAGGAAUGUGCCUGUGGGAGCUGGUCGUCGCAAGAACAAGAACUCUGCAUCGCAUUGUCGUCACAUCAUGAUUUCUGAAGCCCUUGAAGCUGCAAGAAUUGAUCCUCCGAACGGAUUUUCUCAUCCAGUGUUCAAACCCAAUGGAACUGUCCUAUCGUUUGGUCCUGACUUGCCACUGUGCGACUCUAUGGCCUCUGUUUUGAAUCUUGCUGAGAAUAAGACACCAAAUGGGAUCCGAAAUGGUUUAUAUAGACCAGAAAAUCCGUCUGGCAUUGGUGGAGAAAAUGGGGAUGACUGCUCUAGUGGAUCUUCAGUCACCACUUCAAAUUCAAUGGCGGAAGGAGUUAAAAACUGCCCCCCUGAGGCAGUUAUGCAAACUAUAAAUGCCUUCCCAUCUCCAGUUCCUUGCCUCCCAGGGGUACCUUGGCCUAUUCCAUACGCUGCUGUUCCUUUCCCUGCCAUUAGCCCUACUGGAUAUCCUAUGCCAUUCUGUCCUCCACCUUAUUGGAAUUGCAAUGUGCCUGGUCCAUGGAGUCUUCCUUGGUUAACUCCACCAUCACCAACAGCAAACCAAAAAGGAUCAGUCUCUGCUCCUAAUUCGCCUUUAGGGAAGCAUUCAAGGGAUGGUGAGUUGCUUAAACCAAACAACCCCGAGGGUCAAAAGAACUCAGAGGGGUCUGUUUUAGUACCAAAAACAUUGCGAAUAGAUGAUCCUGAUGAAGCUGCAAAGAGUUCUAUAUGGUCAACACUGGGAAUCAAGUACGACUCCGUUAGCAGGGGAGGUCUUUUCAAGUCCUUGCAACCGAAAAACAGUGAGAAGGAUCACCCUACCACUACCUCCCCGUCUUUGCAGGUUAAUCCUGCAGCCUUCUCUAGGUCCCUCAGCUUCCAGGAGAGAGUAUAAAGUCUGAGGUACUUAGUUGUUAACCAACUUGAUCUUCCAGCCUUAUGGAUAUUCAAUUACGCUUAAUCGUCUGUACCAGGGCUGAGAAUCAUAAGAUCCCACAAGUGCUUCAGCUGAAACUGGGAAAGCUAUUGUUAAAAUUAGUGUUUAUCCUUCCCUUGUAACAUAUUUUUGCUUGGUCAGUGUGUGUUUUCCAUGUACAUAAACUUUAUACAGCUGACAGUAGAAAGUGGAAGAGAGAAUGUAUAUCAUGUACCCGUCAAAGUUUUAGUCUGGAAGGCGGCUUAGCUUCUUUUUCCAUUUUUAUUAGUGGUUUGAAUAAUAGUUGAGCCUUCUUUUCAGAUUUUA